AUGACGCAGGCGUGGGGAACCUUAACACAAAGCAAGCCGGCAGCACGGCUGCGCGAACGAGCCCACCGCCUGUACCCGUACGCCUCCAACGAAGCUCGGUGCAGCAGCCGUGCUGCCAAUCGGUCGUCGGCAAACACCAGCGACCAAAUCGGGCCCAUUAUCGACGCGGGCUACAACGCCGCGAACCACGGUAGACCCUUCGAUCCGGCGAAACACUGGCAUAUUUGA